AUGGCCUGCAGGCAUGAAGACACCAGCCGCCAACACCCACAGAUUCCUGCCCCUCCCACAGUGGAGUCCGGCCGCGGCGGCGUCCACUCCAAGGCCGGCCGCCAGAGGGCGAGCGCGCCCGGGACCCCGGAGGCUUCCGCUCCCCGGUGGCGUCGGCGUCUCGGUCCCCACCAGAGCAGGUCAGGCCUCCGGGUUCCGUUUCCCAAGCACACAGGAGAGAGUGCCGGGGGCGGCCGCGAGACCUCACGGGACCCCACGCCCGCGUCCCGGGCAGUUCCCCCGGGGGUUGGGUCCCGCGGCCGGGGCAGCGGAGCCCGGCGCUUCUCGGCGAGCGCCGCGGGGCCCUUCGGCGCCCCCGUUUCCUCGUUGGUGGGGGACGCGGUGCCGCUUCUCCGCGCGCUAAACUGCAGAAGAAGGGGCGAGUUCCUGCGGCCCCUCCCUGUCCCGGCCGCGCCCCCACCUCCCGGUCGCGCUGAGCGUUCCUCGCGGGGCCCCGGGGCCCCGGGGCCCCCUGACGCCCCCUUCCCGCCAGUGCCCCGCCCCGCCGCGAUCCCACAGGUGGGGUGGACGGCGCCCCCUCUGUUUCACGGGCGUCACUCUCAGCCGGAGGAGCGGGACCUGUCGGUAGUUGGGCCGGAGCUCAGGCUUCCCGGCCCUCGCGGCCUCCUGGGCGCCUCCCCCGGGCGCACCCUCUGGGCCUGGCAGGGAGCGCAGCCUGGGAGUCCGGGCGCCCGGAGCCCACCUGCUCAGCGCCCACCGCGGCGGCCGCGCCCUUCCCCCGGGAGCAGCGGGGACGGCCUUGGAGCAGCCGCUCCCGCAGGGGGAGAAACUGCGCGGUGGCCGGAGGCGCAGGAGCCCGUCCCCCUGCUCGCCCAGGGCCGCCUCGGGGAAGCGCCGGAUUCGCAGCUUCCUUCUCCAGCUCCGCGCAGCCCGCACGGAACCUUAGCUAGGCCCAGGGCAGGGGACGCAGCCGGGACGCAGCCAGGCUCUGCCGGGUCUCCCCGCAGGUGGCGGAGCUGCACCCCUGGCUGUGCACCGCCCUCCCCCGGCGUCUGCUCGGACCCUUCUCCACCUCGGGCCCCACCCGCUCCGGGUUAGGUCAGGAGGGAGUCACACGCCCCACCUUCAGAAACAGCCCUGGGAAGCGUUUCUUUCCGGGGGACGGUGCGGUUCGACCUCUCCCGGCGCCCUGUGUUUCUGUGCUUAAUAUUCUAAUUCGUACAUCAAUACUGACACCCAGCGCCCUUGGAUUCGUGGCGAGCGCAGGUGCCCAGAAGCGCCCGCUCCACAGCAUGCUUUAUUUAUGUGCGGUAAAUAUUUAAAGACUCCCAUGUGUUCCGAUUGCAAAGUGCGUAUUACUGGACAGUUUCGUUUCAAAGGUUUCUCUCUAAUGGAGGGUUUAUUAAGAUGUAUGAGGCGGCUGCGGUGGCCUGAUUGAGAGCCGGUCAAAGUCCUGCGGAGUAAAAUCCCGCGGCCUGUUUAGGAGCCGGGGCUCUUCUCCGUUGUAAGACGCGGUGGUUUGCUGUGCACGGAUUACCAGCCGUUUGGUAUUGCCUGGGAGGAACGCGUGGCUGGUUCGGAAAGUCAGUUUGCAGGUGUCCCCGCCAUGGCAGAGGCGCCACCUGUGUCGCCACGCGGCGGGGCUGCGGACCAGGCCGUGUGCGUCCAGACGGGGCCGCCAGAGGGCGCGCGUCUGCGGCCGCUGGAGGCCCAGCGAGGCCCGAGAAGGGGGCGGAGCCAGCCCGGGCCCGGGAGAGCGUCUUGAUAGCAGGUGUCGGUGGCGGCAGCGAUUCAGACGGGGUGGCCAGACUGGUCCCCUGAGGGCAGCAUCUUGGAGGAAUUGCUUUCAUUUCCUCCCCGCUAGUCCCUGUGCCCCGCACUUGCCGGCAGCCUCCCCCAAGCCGGCGGAGUCCUGUCUCAGCCCCGAAGGGCGUUCCUUUGAGGCGGUAACUUGCAUGCAGAUAGAGGUGGCUCCCAUCAGUGGAGGGCCUGACAUGGAAUCAGGCGGCUCAUGACACAGGCUGCAUUCAAGCCAGAGCUCCGCGGCUCUGCUGUGGGCUGAAUGGCGUCUUUCCGCCCAUCCUUCUUUUUUUUUGACACGGAGUUUCGCUCUUGUUACCCAGGCUGGAGUGCAAUGGCGCGAUCUCGGCUCACUGCAACCUCCGCCUCCUGGGUUCAGGCAAUUCUCCUGCCUCAGCUUCCCGAGUAGCAGGGAUUAUAGGCACGCGCCACCAUGCCAAGCUAAUUUUUUGUAUUUUUAGUAAAGACGGGGUUUCACCAUGUUGACCAGGAUGGCCUCGAUCUCUUGACCUCGUGAUCCACUCGCCUCGGCCUCCCAAAGUGUUGGGAUUACAGGCGUGAGCCACCGUGCCCGGCCCCCGCCCACCCUUCUAAAGAAAUAUCUGAGUCCUGAGCCCGCACCUCAGAACGGGACCUCCUUUGGAAUAGGCUGUUUGCAAAUUUAUUUGGUUCAGAUGAGGUCAUAAUGGAGUAGAGUGGGUCCCUGGGUCCUUAAUCCAAUGGCGGGUAAAAAGACAGCCCUGCAAAGACACAGAGACACACAGGGAGAACGCUGUGUGACGGUGGAGGAAGAGACUGGAGUCAUGUGGCCACCAGGAUCUGGAAGAGGCAGGAAGGGUUCUCUCCUGGAGCCCUCAGAGGGAGCGAGGCCUGCUGACCCCUUGCUUUCAGACUUCUAGCUUCCAAGUUGUGAGACAAUGAAUUUCUGUUUCAAGCCACCCAGUUUAUGGGACUUAAGUUAGGGCACCCCAGGGGACAGGCUCAACAAAAGCAGAAGGCGAGAGCCGCGUCCUGAGAAGGAGGCUGGUGCCGUUGUUGAGACGCCAGUGGGGCUUCCCGGGAACUGCUUAGAUCUUGGCCUCCAUUCUGUGCCAGUGGUGGAAAUAAGAGGAAUUGCAGGUUCCUGCCUAGGAAGUGACGGCUCUGGGAUUGGCCCCACAGGGCGGUGGGUGGAUGGGGUAGACUAGGAGCCCUUCCUGGGAGGGUCACAGAAAUAGCCAGAGUGACCCUCUCUAGCCACGCUUUUCAGAGUUAUUUCCUCCAAGCAGACAUAGAGUUGAUCGGUUGGAGAGCGGGAAGACUUAUUUCAAUCUUUUAAAGUUCAGCCUGGAAUCUGAGAGCAAGGAAACUUAACGCAUUAAAGCAGCAGGUCAGGAGAGUUUCCAGAACCUGCAGCCCCACAGCUGAUUUUUACAAUUCAGCUUGGCAGAAAUGCUUCCAACCUGUCCCGGGAUUCUGUCGUGAAUCCUUGUUAUAUGGAAGCACCUGAGGAGAAGGAUGUGGGGUCCGAACGCUUUCCAUUGCCCAGAGACUUGUCCUCACCCCAUGUAACUCAACAGAGAGAUGAUCAGAGUCAGGCCUUCCCUAGAGGUGGAGGCCUUUGGAACAGUGUUCCUUCACUAGAAAUGCAGGCAAGUCCACAGUCAUUGCUGCUAGGCAGGGCCUUGGCUCGGUGCUCCAUGAGGACCAAGGCGGAAGCUGUUCAGGCCCCUUCUUUCUCCACAUUCCAGUAGAUCUUCGCCCCCUGUCAACACCCCCCCCCUUCUAGGAGCCUGCAGACUCUUCACAACCAACCAUCCCCAGGGCAGGGCAGGUGUUUGACAUUCUCGGAAGACAAAGCAAUGUAGUCAGGUGCGCCGUCCUAGACCUCAAGGAGGUGAGUGGGCUUUGUAUCAGUUUCCCCGAGGAGGGGGCAGCAGUGGAAGUCACUGGUGGAGGAGAGUGGCCAUCUGCUGCCCAGGCCCCCUCCUAAAAUCACAGUGUAAUUAUGGACUUGCGGGUCUUUGUACAGUUCCUGGCUUCUGGUAAAUAUUAAUGGGCUGCCUUUUAUGCAUUUCGCGAAUGUUUUUGGAAGAUGGCCUCAAACAAAAAGAUCAUAUCUGUAUGGUGUGCUUUAAUUUAUUUUCACCUUUUUUUCUCCUUUGGAGACCCCUGGUGUAUCAUCACUUUGUUUACCACAAAUUAAACCGAGCCUGAUUGUUUACCAGACAGUGGGCCUCUGUGCAUUGCUCCACACUGCCCCCCCACUUUUUUUUUUAAUAAUCACAACCUGGGAUUCAUUUGCAAGAGGCCCUAAUCUGCAUGAGAAUUAUACAAUUAACUUUUGAUUAACCACCUAGUUCUUUUGGAAACUGCGGUGUGUAGGAUACUCUGCAUUUAAAUAAUUUUCCUUAAAUUGGGAGCAGGUCUUUCAUUAAGCUGGCGAGUUUGACUAAACAACAACAUUUGGAGAUAAUCAGGGUCAAAACAAUAGUUAAGACGGCAGGGCUAGAAUGUCAUCUUUAAAUAUAACAGUGGAGAUAAAGGCCCCCAGAUUGCGCCUUAUCAAAACACAAGAAAUCAAAGCGCUCUCUUGUCUCUGGCAAAAUGCAGAGGCCCCAGCGAUGUGGGGGAGCAUUGUCUGGCGGCCACCGCAGCAGGAUUUGCAUUCAGGGGGUCCGCCUAACACACAUUACAUCACGUAGGACACUUAUCUCCGAGCCUGACAAUAAUUAUCGGGAAGAAUAUGCUCAGAAUGACUUUUUUGUGAUUUUUAUGCUUCCUCAACACAAGGAAGGGGAGAUAACAGCAUUAGGAGGAAGGGGAGCGUCUCGGAAGACUCUCCCAGGAGCUGGUUCUUCGAUUAAAUUUGCUAUGCCACUCCGGUGCCGCUGAACAAGUGGGAAGAAAGGCGGCGAGCCUUUUAUGUAGGGUAAUAAUAGUCCUGAACACAGCCCUCGCCGAAAGAUAAGAUCCAUUGUCGAAACAAACAAAGGAGCCGCAUUCAACAGCACUGGAAGAAUAUCUAUGAGCAAAGUUUUCAAUCCUCUUUCUGUCUCCUCUCCUUGUUUGUUCCUUGCACCUGCCAGAGGGUGGUUCUGCCAGGCUCCAGGAAGAGCCAUUGGGAGCCUCGAGUCGAAAGGCAUCUGGGAACGGCAGGGCUUUCGUCUCAGGGGUCACCGGGGGUUGAGGGAGGACUUUCUGAGGUCAAGGUCACGCCCUUCCUUCCAUGAGUCUCACAUUCCUUUCUCCUCCAAGGUCCUCCAGAGGAGAUCUUGAUCUCCGAUCUAAAGCCCCAGAGACGUGGCAGAGGGUCCCAUGAGAAAGCAGCAGUUCAGCCAGCUUUUUGUGUUCGCUCCUACUCGGUCUUCUCAGACUUUCUGGGCCUUCAAAGUCCCCAGGUGUUUAUUUUCCCUCAAAACAGUUAUUCUGCUUCCUUCUCCAUAUGGGAAAUACUAAGCAACCAGUGUCAAGCCUCCAACUCCAGCCCAGCAUCAUUUAAAUACCGAUGGAAUGUCUUUACAGAUAAUGCCCUGUGCUUCCAGUUAGCUGCUUUGCCAGAGCUUUCUGCGCUCAGAGUGAACAGACCAUCAUGAUGAGAAUACUGUGUGGUCCUUCCCCUACCAACCGAGGAGAAUUACAGAGGCUUAAGAUUUGAUCCGCAGGAUUUUGGUUCAGCCUGUUCAGCUCCUUCACUUGUUCCAGGGACACAAACCAAGGCCCUUUCCUGGACGUGGAUGGAAGGAUUCCCUGGACGCACUGACUGCGGGCUUUGAGCUGCUGUGUUGGGUGGGGCCGGGGUAGGUAAGGGUUGCUUGACACUGCGGCCCCAACAUGCAGAACAGGAGGCAGUGGGACUGCAGAGAGACCCACAGUGACCGUGGCAGACCAGGGGCAGCAGGGUCCUGCAUUCUUGGCACACAUGGUGGAGGGGUGGGGUGGAGGUGGCCAGGGAGGUGGAGGGCAGAGGGGCCCCGCUAGGAACGCAGAGUGUGGCAGGGAGACUCGGGGUGGUUGGCCCAGAGGGGGAAUCGAGGACCUUGUCUUUCCACAGACGAGGCCACUGCUGCGUGGCCUCCUGUGAGCCCCAUUGCCUUCCUGAGCCUCAGUUUCCAUUUAUAGCUCCUGGGGUUUUUCAUAGCAAGUGCAUCUGUUUGGCUCUAAAAUGUCGCAAGAGGCAAUUAGAGGUUUCUGGGAGCUUCCUUCUCUGGUAACUGGUUUGCCCUCCUGAUGCUUUUUGGGGCUGGGGGGAUUUGGUGCACACAACUGGAACCUGUGGGCGGCUCCCUCAUCUGCAAACCUUGUCCACAAGCUGUGCGCCCAGUAUGGCAUCAGCCAGCAGAGGUAGGAAGAGAGGCGGUGCCCAGCUGGACAUGGGCAGUACCAUAUGUGGCAUCUUCCUCCAGGCUGACCCUCAAGCCUGACCCCGUCUGCAGGUGUUAGGAGCUGGGAAGGGCAGCCCCCCACAGCCUGGUUUCUCAACAGUGUGGAGAAACCACUCAGUUGUAUCCAAAGCGGCUGACAGAAGGGAGGAGGCAAAGGAGCCCCCAGUGAGUGCAUUUUCCACUGGAGCUGGAGGAGAACGGAGUGGACGAGGUGUCUGGGGACCAGGGGGCUUCCGUGCCUGGUAUUUCGCCACCUGUAGCCUGAUUUUCAGAGAUCCACGAGGGUUCUUCAUGAGGAGGGGCUGUCUGAAGCCAUCUGCACCCAUGCCCCUGCCCUCUACGGUGGCUUCUGCAGUGGGGGCUCUUCCUUCCCGAGGAGGCCUUUGCCCUGCCCAGACUCCAUGGCCAAUCAGUGCCAUCAUAGGUGGGUGACACCAAGUCUGCGUCUAACUCUCAGAGCUCCACCCGACCCGUGCACGGGGACAGGGCUCAGACUGCAGAAGUCAGCUUCAGCCACACUUAAAAAAAAGAAGGCGAGCCCAUGAAAUUGGGUGUUCACAAGUUUCUUGCUGUGACCGGCUGAUGUCGUUUUAACAUUCAGGGAAUGUUCACAAACUCAUUGUGUCAUUUUGGAUUCCCAGUUAAUCGGGCAGAGGGCUCAACCUUCCCUGCAGUUUGUUGUGAGCCAGGAAAGAUGAACUGUUACUCCCACGCUCUCCCACAUCCUGUGGUCUGGCCUUUCUGAAAGGGAGGCUGUAUAUGAGCUGCCUGGGCUGGCUGGGCAUUCAGAAUGUGGAUGUUUUGAGCAGAAGACUUGAGGACAGUUGUAGACACUGCCCUUUGGGCUCUCUGAUGGGUGUGAUGACCACAAGCAGCUGGAAAUGCCUGCUGGACCCGGCUUUGACCUUCACAAUUAGGGGACGGGUUCCCACGCACCUGAUGGGCGGAAACGCUCACAGCAGAGGAUGAGGCGGCUGGAGGCCGAGGCUAUGAUCAAGAAAGGGCUCACAGCAGAGGAUCCUUUUAACUCAUCUCCAUCUUACAAACACGGAGCAGAUAGAGGAAGGGCAAAUUGGGGACUAGGAAGAUUACAGUAAUAUAGCUUCUCAGCUAAUUGAUUAGCAAUUAUGGCUGGUAAUAUUGUUCAUUUUAAUUGUGUUUAAUCUCGAUUUUGGUAAUAAAGAUUAUUGUUUUGGAUUAUGACUUUGUCCUACCAUACUAAUUACUAACUUGUGAAAUUAAAGUGUAUAUUUUCACAUUCUGGAAAAAAUUCACAACACGCUCUUCUAUAAUAGCUUUCUUCUCUGACCAGGCCAGUUGUCUGGGGGUGUUUUAUCCUCAACAUCUUAGAAGGACUGAAUUUUGAUAAGCAAAGUGUGUGAUAUUUCGUCUGUUGACCAAUAAAUAAAGGAUUUAUUUUAAAAAGUCAUGUUUUUAAGGGAAGGAAAGAAGCAGAAGAUAUUGCCAGAAAUAAAUCUGAGAAGUGAGAGAUCACAAGUACAGUUACACGGAAAACAGAUUUUUAAUUUUCCAGAGGAGGCGUCCCUACCGUGAGGCCUGUGGACCUUGACUGAUUGCAGCCACAGGACCCCACCUCAGAGCCCAGUGCUCCACCUUCCCACGGUGACAACUGCAGGCACCGGUCUCCUCCCUCCUGAGAUAAACAUCGAUUUGACACAUCUAUUUCUUGUGCUUAGAUUUUCCCCCCACGAAGUUUUUGUGUUGAGUAGCCCACGUUUGCCGCUCCCAUUUCUUCCCUACUGCCUAGUCCUGACCCUUGCAGGGCAACCCCAUUCCCGGACCUUCUCCCCAACCGGCCCCCACCAAAGGCCUUUCUCCAGAUCGCAGUCAGGAUCUCAGCAAGCCCUUGACCUGGUGCUUCUCCCUUUCCUGACCCUGGCCUUGAGACGCAGCCAUGAGCUGCAUAACAAGGCUUCAGUCAACAACCCACUGCACACACCAUGGUGACCCCAUAGGAUGAUACUGGAGCUGAGCUGAAAAGUCCUAUUGCCCGGUGCCGGCAUGGCCCUCAUGACGCCAGUGCAAUAUCUGACUUGUGUCUGGUGAUGCUGGUGGAAGCAAACCUCCUGUGCUGCCGGUCAUUUGAAAGUCUACUGCUCACAAUUAUGUCUAGUACAUAAUACUUGAUAAUGGUAAACGACCAUGUGACUGGCUUAUGUAUUUACUGUAUUAUGCUUUUUAUUAUUGUUUUAGAGUGUACUCCUAUUUAUUAAUAGACAAGUUUACUGUGAAACAGCCUCGGGCAGGUCCUUCAGGAGGUGUUCCAGAAGAAGGCGUUGCUGUCAAAGCCUCCUAUGUUGGGAUGGCAGCUCCAUGCCUGUUACUGCCCCUCAAGACCUUCCGGUGGGACAAGAUAUGGAGGUGGAAGCCAGGGAUACUGAUGACCCUGACCCUGUGUAGUCCUAGGCUAAUGUGUGUGUCUGUGUCUUAGUUUUUAACAAAAGAACAUAACAAGCAAAAAAAAAAAAGCAUAGAAAAAAGCUUCUAGAAUAAGGAUAUAAAGAAAGGAAAUGUUUUUGUUUAGCCAUGCAACAUGUGUUUUAAGCUAAGUGUUAUUACAGGAAAAUAUUAAAAAGUUUAUCAAGUGAAAAAGUUACAGUAAGCUAAAGUUAGUUUAUUGCUGAAAAAAGAAAAUUCAUUUUUAUAAAUUUAGUGUGGCCAAAUUAUACAGUUUAUACAGUACACAGUAAGGCACAGGCGUGUCCUGGGCCUUCCCAUUCACUCCCCACUCACUCACUCACUCACUCACCCAGAGCAAUUUUCAGGCCUCCCAAGUUCUUUGUUUUUUUCUGAGAUGGAGUCUCACUCUGUCACCCAGGCUGGGGUGUGGUGGUGCGAUGUUUGCUCACUGCAGCCUCUGUCUCCUGGGUUAAAGUGAUUCUCCUUUAACCCGAGUAGUUGGGAUUACAGGCACCAGCCACCAUGCACAGCUAAUUUUUUGUAUUUUUAAUAGCGAUGGGGUUCACCACGUUGGCCAGGCUGGUCUUGAACUCCUGACCUCAAGUGAUCUGCCCACCUCGGCCUUCCAAUGUGCUGGGAUUACAGGCAUGAGCCAAAGUGCCCAGCCUCAGGCCUGCGAGUUCUACUUGUAGUAAGUGCACUAUACAGGUGUCCCAUUAAAAAAACCUUUAUGCCAUAUUUUCAACAGUCAAAACCUUUUCUAUGUUUAGACAUGGUUAGAUACGCGGACACGUACCUUCGUGUUGCUAGCAGGAUUCAGUCUAGUAACGUGCUGUAUGGCUUUGUAGCCUAGGAGCAAUAAGCCAGCCCUCUGGCCUAGCUGUGUAGACGGCCAUAGCAUCUGCGUCUGUGUAAGCAUACUCUGUAAUGUUCCCACGCCAAGAAGUCGCCCAGCAAUGCAUUUCUCAGAAGUUGUCUCUGCUAUUAAGGGAUGAAUGACCAUGUAGAAUUUCCUGAGUAUUCUUCCACCAGACACACCACCCGGGGUUCAACAUCCUCAAACCGUUGCUGACAAUUGAGAGUACUUUUCAGUCUUGAUUUCUUUUUGCUGACACAGAUCAAGGGUUUCAAUUUUUUUUUUGGUGGGUCAGAGAGUAAAAUAUUCCAGGCUUUUCAGGUCUCUGUGACAACUCCUGAACUCUACUGUUACAGCAGGAAAGCGGCCAUGGGCACCAAGUGAGUGAAUGCGUGUGGCUGGUGCCCAUUAAACUCUACACACAGGCAGGAGA